AUGUCUUCCUUCUUCACUAUCCCAGCAUCGCAACGAAAGCGCAAGAGAGACGAGGCCAAUGUGGUUCCAUCAACAAAAAGAAGAAAUACAACUAAGACCAGUGCAAAGCCUCCGAGUAAAAAAUCCGCUACAGCUCGACGAGAUGAAUCUAUAUCAAGCAGCGGCUCAGAGGACGAGGUGAUUCGUAAAAGAGUUAACGAUGCAGAGGCAGUCUCGGAGAGCGAAUCAGAAGAGGACGAUGAGACGGGGGCGGAGAGACGUCUACGAUUAGCGGAACAAUAUCUGGAGAAUAUAAAAGGGGAGGUAGACGAGGUUGGGUUUGACGCAGAAGAAAUUGACAAAGAUCUUAUUGCCGAACGAUUACAAGAAGACGUGGUAUCCCCCAUACUCUGUGUCGCGGCUUCGGAUACUGGCAAAUUUGUUGCUACCGGGGGAGCAGACAAACGGCUUAUCAUCUGGUCCGCCGACAAACUCGAGCCGCUGCGUGUUUUUACACAGCACCGUGAUGCUGUCACCUCCUUGGCAUUUCGAAGAGGCACGAACCAGUUAUAUUCCAGUAGUGUCGACCGCACCGUCAAGAUAUGGGACGAAUUAGCUUAUGUGGAGACGUUGUUCGGGCACCAAGAGGAAGUGCUCGAUGUGGCAAGCCUGGCGCUCGAGCGGUGUAUAAGCGUUGGGGCUAGAGAUCGCACGGCUCGCUUGUGGAAGGUUGUUGAACAGACACAAUUGGUCUUCCGUGGCGGUGGCAGUUCGGAAAAGCGUCGACCGCGAAAUAAAGAUGGGGAGAUUGCGGCGCUGAGAAGCUAUGGCGAAGGAUCAAUCGACCGGGUCGCCCUUGUCGAUGAAGAGUCGUUCGUCACUGGAAGUGACAACGGCUCGAUAUCCCUUUGGACACUGCACAAGAAGAAGCCAAUAUUCACCAUUCCACUAGCACAUGGACUCGAUCCACCAAUGAAGCCGGAAGAGGCAUCUGCAGAAGCCGAGCCGGAUGCUAGGGUUCCGGAGCGACAGCCGAGAUGGAUCACAGCGCUGGCAACGGUCCCUUAUUCUGAUGUUGUUUUGAGCGGCAGCUGGGAUGGUCAGGUGAAGGUCUGGCGAGUAAGUCAAGAUAAGAAAAGGCUGGAGUCGAUGGGAGUCGUUGGAAAGGUUCAAGGCGCAGAUGAAGAUGAAAAGACGGCUGGUGUGGACGUACAGGGUGUCCAGGAGGAGAAAAAUGUGCGGGGCAUCGUUAAUGACCUCUCUGUUUUUGAGAGAGGAGAGAGAGGGAAAGACGGACUGUGUGUUGUCGCUGCACUGGGAACGGAGCAUCGACUGGGAAGAUGGAAAAAAGUCUAUGGCUCGAACAGACCUAUUGUUUUUGAGGUGCCUAAGAUAGUAACAAUUGCAGAGGCAGAGGCAGAGGCAAAGGAAGAGAAAAGAGGUUGGGAUGGGAAGGAGAUUGUGCAAAAAGAACCGCAGGAUGUAUAG